AAUUAAAAAAUAAAAAUUACUUGCUGUGGACUAAGGGGUUAAAAAGAAUUAUUCUUAUGUGUGUGCAGCAGUGUACAUCUGAAAAUCAGUGGAGUGUUUUGAAUUUUUGGGCCUGGUUGACCAGUAAUGUACUGAUCCAAUUGGGAUGUUGACUUUUUCUAAAGCUGCUAACACAGCUGAACUGUCAUUCUAAUAUUAAUGUAUCUCCUCUCUGUUCAGUUAUAAUGUCCAACAAAGCCAGGAGGAUGCUGGUUCUUCUGCUGAUCAUCCUGAAGGAAGCUGGCCCGACCGCAGCCUGCAGCAGCAGCUGUUCAUGGUCUGACUGUUACAGCAGUUGUACACAGUGUGUCUGCAGGAGCAGAGGCCUCAGCGGUGUUCCUCAGGACCUGCCUACAGACAUCACUGUGCUUAACUUGCGUUACAAUGUCAUCACAACCUUAAAUCAGUCUGAUUUCUCAAGGUACAGGAGCUUGUCAAGAUUACAUCUUGAUUACAAUCGGAUCUCCAUGAUCCAUAACAAAACAUUCCACAACUUAACCAGCCUGACUGAACUGUUCCUUUUUUACAAUCGUUUAACCACUCUGCCAGCUGACAUAUUUGAGGGACUUGGUAAUCUGCAGAGAUUGAAUCUUCACAAUAACCAGUUAACAAGUCUGCCAGCUGACAUAUUUGAGGGACUUGGAAAUCUGCGGUUCUUGUAUCUUGACAAUAACCAGUUAACAAGUCUGCCAGCUGACAUAUUUGAGGGACUUGGAAAUCUGCGGUUCUUGUAUCUUUACAAUAACCAGUUAAUAAGUCUGCCAGCUGGCAUAUUUGUGGGACUUGGUAACUUAGAGAAGCUUCACCUUUACAGUAAUAACAUCCACAGUAUCGAGGCAGGCACCUUCAAUGACACAACAAAGCUAAAUUAUCUAGAACUUGGGUACAACAGCAUCAGCACCAUCACAGCUGACACAUUUGGGAACCUACUUCAGCUUCAAACACUGAGACUUUCUGGUAAUAACAUCAGCAAUUUCCCUGUAGAGGCCUUAUCAAAUUUACAGAUUUCAGCACUGUCAGAGCUUACAUUUAGCUUAGAUAAUAACCAAUUAGAGACACUACCCCUCAUGGCAUAUGACAUACUGGCUUCCAUUUCUGAGGUAGUCAUUUACUUCAACCCCUGGCAGUGUGACUGUAGGAUGGUUCCCUUUAGGCAGAGGAUGAACGGGUCUUACCGAUUUGAAAGCCAGAUCACAUGUGCCGGACCUGCUAACCUUAGAUGGCAACUCUUGCGGGAUGUAAAUCCUGAGUACUUGAUCUGUGAGGAGAAAACACCAGUCUACUCCACUUCUAGCACUGAAAGCAAUAUAGGCCCUGCUGAUGGUGGCAUUGUCCUGUCUGUGCCCUUCCUUGCUACCUUGGGGGCUGUUCUUGGACUCCUCCUUAUCUACACUAUUGCCUUUGCAGUAGGGUGCAUGUAUAAGAGGAGGCAAAGGGAUCCUACUCCCCAGCAAGGCUUUAGCAACACAAACCCCACAGGCACAUCCAGCGGUCAUGACCAGAUAAUGUUGCAGGCAGUUGGCACAAAGUGCAGGAAUAAUCAGUCAGUCUGAAACAUCCCAUCCUGAUACAGAAGAAAGUCAGCUUAUCUAUAACCUCCCAACAGAUGAGGACCCUGACACAGCAGAGUAUGACACCAUAGAUGAAGUCAAUCAGUCAGAAAGUCCACACAGAGGUGCAGGCAACACGCAGAGUCUUGACAGCUUUGGUUACUUGGUUUUGCCCCCUUCGCUUCCCCCUAGAAAUCAGACUGCUGCCCAGAUUGAACCAGAUGCAGCUGCUCGAGCAAUGGUUAGUCCAUCACAAACAUCACAGCCAGGCUCAGGGCAAAUUCAGCAUCUCGGCAGCUUUAACGAUGGUUAUGAGGUU